CUCGACGCAUAGUAGAGAUUUUUCACAUAGGAUGGUCUUCAGGCGAAAUGCUGCGUUUUUCGUCGCAGUGGCCAUGGCCACCACUUCGGCCUCGGCCAUGGAGCUCAUCGGCUCCGAAGUCCCAGCGGCAUGUCGGCAGAUUUGCAUGCCGGUAGUGCUCCUUUCGGGCGCCUGCGCAGCGGCCGAGCGCAAAGUCUUGGGAAAUCCGCCGCCGCCGCCGCCGGCAGGGACCGCGAUACCGUCAUCCUCCACACCAUUGCCACCAGCAGCGGCACCUCCUUCAUCAUCGCCAACUUCAUUGUCGCCACCUUCAUCAUCGCCACCUUCAUCAGCACCGCGCUCGUCAGCACCGCCCUCACCGGCACCGCCCUCAUCGACACCGCCCUCGCCGGCACCGCCUUUACCUUCAUCACCGCCUUCACCUUCAUCACCGCCUUCACCUUCAUCACCGCCUUCACCUUCAUCACCGCCUUCACCUUCAUCGCCGCCUUCGUCGGCACCGCCUUCCUCUCCGCCGCCGCCUCCGCCUCCGCCUCCCCCUCCGCCAUCAUCGAGUCCCGUAUCCAGCAGCACGCCAUCCACACCUCCACCGCCGCCAGUAACGACAUCUCCGCCACCACCACCGCCUCCUCCUGUGUCGUCUCCCAGCCCACCCCCAGCAACCACCCCGCCUCCACCAACCACACAACCGCCAGCUACUCCUCCCGCCGCGGCACCCGCUCCGCCCGCCAGCGUCCCGCCGCCGAAAUGACGCCACCGCCGCCGCCGCCGCAGCUAACCCCGACAGAGCCCCCGACAAGCGCAGAACCCAAGCGCGGCCGCAAGGGCAAAGACGAACGCAGCUCGUCGUCAUCGUCAAAGGAGAUCAAGUUUGGCCCGGCUGCCGAAUCCUUCCUGGCCGCGCUAUCUUCCGCCAACUCCGACCGGCGCAAAGGGAAGCAGCGGGACGUCGACCCCGCCGACAACGAUCCGUCUCUCCCGACUGCUGCCCCGGGGUCAGAAUCGGACCGGAAGCGGGACUUGAGCGGCCUGGACGGCGCGGUGGGCAGGCGGCAGGCCCCGAGCGCGGAGCAGAACGUGGAGCAUGAUCAGUUCCAGCAGGCAUGCUACUGCCGGAACCCCAGUUUCGACGUCUCGAGCAUAUCUGGGCUGUGCGGGAGCUGCAUAGCUCAGAACGCAAAGACCGAGCAGGAGCGCAAAGGCUCAGCCGAUGCAAACAGCAUAUUGGCAAAGUGCAAAUUCCCCACCGCCACUUACAACCCGGACGCCGCAGAACAGGCGGCUGGCAUUACGCUCGUGGCCGUCAUGCCUUCGCGCAUGCCGCAGAAUGAUCCAGGAGGGCUGGUGUUCAUCCCAGGAAUGAUGCCAAAGGGCGACGCCGCCAGGGGCCCGGCCCCUGGUACCAAGUCUGGGAGUAGCGACGGCCAAGGAACUGACCAGAGGGCAGGGGUUGGCGAGAUGGCCGUUUCCGGAUCCCUUGCUGCUCUGACUGCCGUCUGCUGGGCUUUGUUGGCACUGGUGGCCGUGUGA